AUGAGCCAGGCCUUCGCUAGAGGAUCUUGUCGCUUAGGGCAUGAGCGUGUGUCACAGCGCGCUUUGGUUUCUACAGGUACCAGCAUAGUUGGCCAACGUGGUACUUACGCCGUUGCUGGAUGCGGAUCAGCGACGACUCCUGCUUCAGUAGAAUGGCCAUCCCGGCAUAGAGGCGGUCCCUGUCGUGAAGAGGAGUACUACAAAUGCCUCCUUAGACUACAAAUGCCGAAACUGUUUGCUGGUGCAACAAGGGGAGUGUUUUCAUGGGGUUUUUCCUCCACGGGUUCCUCAUCUUCCUCGUGCUCGUCGUCCUCAACAAGGGCAUUUAGCUCAUCGCAGGGUAGUUCUCAGCAAGGUAGUUCUCAUUAUGGGUUGAAACAUUUCAUUUUUCCAAGCCUUCUCUACUUGAGAUUGGUACUAAAAAAUGAAAUGUUUCAACCUUUACUCUCAGCAGGGCCGAGUCCAGGGGGGUUCUCAGCAAGGUAGUUCUCAGCAAGGUAGUUCUCAGCAAGGUAGUUCACGAGUCCAGGGGGGUUCUCAGCAAGAUGACUACUUCACGAUCCUCGGUUUGCCACAGCGUUACCUCAUCACUCGUGAGGAAUUAGACCUGGCGUUUCGGAAAACGCAAAAGCGGUUUCAUCCCGAUGUGAUUGCGCACUUGCCAGACGUGGAGAGACUCCCACAGGAAGAGCUGAGUAUGCUUAAGGCUCAAAAGAACCCAUCUCCACGUGAAUCCCGUUAAGAUACAGUUAUUAUAUUAUCAAGGCUAUAUAAGUAAUGAACCCAUCGAUCUCCACGUGAUGAAUCCCGUUAUAAGUAAUGAACCCAUCGAUCUCCACGUGAAUCCCGUUAAGAUACAGUUAUAUUAUAUUUCCCAUUAAUGGAACCCGUUAUAAUAACUGGAAGAGUCCCAUUAAUGAUACUGGAAGAGUCUCAGGCUCUUGUAUUGAAGCGAGUACUUCUGGGGCGAGUAUUUUAACGGGAUGCAUUCACGGGCUGGGUUAUAAGGGGAGCUCUAAUAUGCGUGCUAAUGAAGCUGCUAGAGUCUUGCGAUCGCCUUUGGAACGAGCGCGAUACUUUAUAAGGACGGAGCUUUACAAGAAGUCAGCUCGGGGAGGACCAGAUAAAGGGGUUGAAGCGUCUGCCAUCCGAGGUGCAAGUGGUACAAGUACAACACCCAGUAAGGCAUGUUCAGACGCAGGUAUAGGAAAAGACCAAGGGGGCACAGAAGAAGACGCAGAACAAAUGGAACGGAUAGAGGAUAGCUCAUUGCUCCUAGAAUUGAUGGAAAAGUACGAAAUUUUAGACGAGGCAACGACGGCAAAGGAGGUUGCUGAUGUGCGCACAGAAAAUGAAGAAAACAUAGCAAGAGCCGAAUCUAAGAUUCAGGAAUAUUUUGAGAGCCUUGAGGGUGACGCCGAAUCAGUAGAUAAGCUUGAAGAAGAAGUCCUUGCUGGUGUAAGGGUCCAGAUAGAGAAAUUGUCUCUCUAUAAUCGUUUGACUGAAAAAAUUCGUGGCAAGGAGGAUGAAUUGGGUGAGAAAUAAUGAUGCUUUCUUUAAUAUAUAUUGAAACUACGACCUUGAUCUUGACUUUGAUCUUCCGUUUUCUUUGAU